AUGCGACGGUACAUUUCGAAGGGUGUUGUAGUCUCCUUGACCUCCUUUUUUGCAGUUCAGAAAGGAGACAAUGAUAUCAGGAUGGUUUAUGAUGGCACAAAAAGCGGUUUGAAUGAUGCCAUGUGGGUGCCACGGUUUGGUUUACCAACAAUUGAGACUCAUCUAGGAUCUAUCGAAGAGGGCACAUUCAUGGCAGAUGUUGACGUGGAAGAGUGCUUCCUAAACUUUCCACUACAUCAAUCCUUGCAAAAAUUGGCAGGAGUGGACUUCACCAAAUAUUUCCCGGACCCAAGUCAAUCCACAGUUUGGGAAUGUUGGCAUCGUGCCUUGAUGGGAGUGAAAAGCUCCCCCUAUCAAGCGGUGCAAGGCAUGACAGUUUCGGAUGAGGUAAUUUGUGGGCAACCAGAGGACUCCCAUAAUGUCUUCCGGUGGAGCAGAGUGCGUUUGAACUGUCCAGGCGACAAGGACUAUGAUCCCUCAAAACCUUGGGUUUCCAAAAUCAGAAGUGAUGGCAAGAUUGCAGCAGAUCUGAGUGGAUAUGUGGAUGACUUGCACCCAUCCGGUUCAAGUCAGGUGGAGGCUUGGCACACGUCACGUCAAGCGGCCAGUACCCUGAAUCAUCUCGGAAUCCAAGAUGCCGCAUGCAAACUGUUAGAAAUAAGCGAUCCCCUGCCGCCUGCAAUCUACCUGUUCAAUUGA